AUGCAUAUCUUUAGAACCAAGGAAGAGGCAGCUAACCAUCUACGGACAAAGUUUACAGACGCGCACGAGGUAAAGGAUCUGAUAGAAAGACACGGGAUAGCCAUGAAGAGGGGCUGUUACAAUUCAUAUGAAGCCAAGGUGGUUGAUGAGGCCAUCCGCAGAUUUUUGGAGGAGCGCGGGAUGGAAAUGAAGAACUUGUAUGGGUUUUUUCUUGAGGAGGAGAAGGAGUUUCCGAUAAGAGAGCUUCUAAUAGAGAUAAGCAAUGCAUUGAGGCAAAGAACAAUGAAUUCCAUAUGGGUUUAUGUAUCCUACCAUUACCACCCAUACAUCGAUGCGAAAUGGGAACCCGAAAAUGAGAUCCAGCUCUUGAAUCUCGUCAGGGUUCUUGGGUUCAAGUGGAAGGAGAUAUGUGGAAUAAUGAACAAGACCUCCAGAAAAUGUAUUUCGAUGUAUUACAGAAUAAUGGGGUUCAAUUACUUGUACAGGAAGUCGUUUAAGAUGCCUGAAGAAGGGAUUCCAACAACAGAUGAAGAGUGGGAAGGGUUGUGUGAUCGGCUCAGGACCAAUCGAAAGAGAUUAUCACACCUAAUCAAUGGAUAUAUAUCGAGCAAGUUGGUUGUUCCUUUCUGGAAUGAAUAUAACAACAUGGCGCUAAUGGGGUAUGUGAUACUACACAAUCAUUUCUGCUCUGUUGACAUAAAGAUUAGAGAGAUUCUCAAACUUAUAGACGAAGGAGGGAUUGAAGCCCCCGAUGAUGAAAUAGUAGGAAGAGAAAAGAUAAAGGAGGAAAUAUCGAAGCUGAUUCCCGAUCUCUGUAAUUACGAGUUGGACAUACCAAUUGAUGCUGAGGAUAUCUUUUGGAGGACGAUAAAGCUAUUUGUAAAGUUUUCUUCUGGAUUGCUAAGAUCGAGGUUUAUCCAGAUAACGAAAGUUUAUGGGAUCAGAACAUUCAAGGAUCUGAUCGAGGUGUUUCGAAACCUAGCAGUUGACUGUUAUCUGUACAAAAUAAAAGACAAAAUCAGGGAUGAAGUGAGCAAGAUUAUGACCCAGAAGAAGACGAGACGGAGGUCCACUAAGGAUCUGGUUACAAGAGAAGGGACAGGUGUAGUUAAAGAGUCUUGCUGUUAG